CAUCCGGGGGCAAGCAAACGGCGGUCGCCAAGAUUAGCGGACAAGCUGCGACGACGGCUGAGCCGGCUGAGGCCGGCGCGGCCGAACCCGGACCUGAGAUCCGAGUCGGUGCCGCCUUUCAGGCGCAGCUGCCGCUGUAUCGGGGAGAGAUGCCUCAGGAUGGGCGAACGACUUUGCAACUGCAAGAUGACAGUGUGGUGGUGGCUGAAGAGCUCCGUUGGGCUCCGGGGGUGCCGGACUGCGACCUACUUAUGUACCUGCGGGCCGCAAGAUCGAUGGCGGCGUUCGCCGGAAUGUGCGAUGGAGGUAGCGCCGAGGAUGGAUGCGUCGCCGCAUCAAGAGAUGACACAACGAUCAAUGCUUUGAACCAUCUACAUGACAGCGAGUAUGAUACGGGAAAAGCGCUACAGGCUCUUGUGAAGAACCCUCGCGGCAGUGUGGGUGGUGCAACCGCAAGCAAACUCAGUGACGAAGACCAGAAGAAGUUCGUCCGUGGAUUGAGGACCUACGGAAAGAACUUCUUUCGGAUACGUAAAGAGCUGCUUCCGCACAAAGAGACGGCAGAGCUGGUGGAAUAUUACUACCUUUGGAAGAAAACUCCAGCAGCCCUAGGAUGUCGACCCCAUCGAAGGCAUCGGCGGCCGACUGCCCGAAGACCAGCCAAGGCAUCCGGUGAAAAGGGCGGCAGUAAAAGUGGUCGAGGCAGCCAAAGUGGAGCUGGAGGAGAAGGCCGAGGUGCAAUUGGGGGAAUUGGCGAUGAAGGGGCCAACGGCGAAAGUGGUCCUGAUUCAGCAGGCGCUACUUCCCAAUCAUCAACCCACUUCGAGGCCGUGUUGUCUACUGCACCACAGUGUUCUGUAUGUUUAAUUGCGACGCCACGCGAUUGGUUCGUAGACUGGCACACACUUCUGCCGCCAUCUGGAUCCGGGGUGGGAUUGCCACUUCAAGCUGGUCAAGGUGGGCCUCUAUCACUCUUUUGUUAUGACUGCUCAGUGAAGCGAAGUAGUGAAAGCGCUGUCUUCAUAUCGAGACCCGUAUCGGUCACUCUGAGUGAUGCCGGAAGUAUCUGCAGAUGGACGGUUCGGGCUCGACGUCCACCGACGCUUCCUCCCGCGAACCCCCAACGAAAUGGACAGCGCGAAGGUAGCAUGGGCUCUAUGGGCAGCAACAAUAGUACCAAUAAUACCAACAGCACGCCAUCAUCGAACAACACUAGCACAAUGACAACAACGACACCAUCAACCACGAAUAACAAUGGAGGCCCUAAAGAACACGCGACCGCGCAGGACAAAAGUCAAGAUCAAGACGGUGGUACGCCGUCGGCGGAGGCCGAUGGCAGCGUUGGAGAUGGCGAGACCCAACUGUCAGAUAGACAGCACAGUAGCACUAAGGCUGAAAAAGAAACGAUUGCAGAUGCUGCUGGGCCCCCAGUCAAUAACGACGUUGAAAUGCAGGACAUUCGAGAAACGGGAGCUCCCAGUGGCGGGUCGCAACCAGAUGAUGUCCAGACGAUGUCUCCGUCCACAGGCGGAGAGGAUCGUCGAUCCGUAGCAGAUCAGGCAACCUGCUCGACGGAAACAGCAAACAAUGUUCCAGUCGCAUUGAAACGCGAACCUGGCUUGGAGUUUGCUGUCCCGGAGAGCAAUAUCUCUGCUACGCCUAUUGCCGGAGGCCCGAAUGGAAUGGCCGAAGGCGCUGAUCGCGCAGACGGGAAGGACGAUAAGAUGGCUCCACAACUUGUAGCUGCUAAAGCUGAGACGACAACAGGUAGUCCGCAAGCCACGGCUACCUCUGUACCUGCACCUCUUGUCGGCAAACUUGAUGGCCAAAUAAAGAUCAAUGAGAAUCUCAAGAUUGGCUCGGAUGUGGAGACGGGCACUGUCCCUGGGGUGGCCGGGGGUGUGAAAAAAGAAGAAGCAGCUCUGCCGCCGCCCCUUGAGUCAGGCGGACCUUUAGGACCGCUUGGUCUCAAAACGGAACCACUUGGUCCUCUCGGAUCCCUUCCCCCAGUUGGAUUUGUGCCGCCACCUCUUGGACAUUCUAUUCCUCUCGUCUCCGGCGAAUUGCCGCUUGAGCCGAAACGAGAACCGUUAGACGCCGUUCCGGCUCCGUCUAGCGCUUUCGGUGCACCUCCGCGAGCUUCACCUAGCAAGACACUUCCCACCCCCCGGGUGUCGCCGCGGCCAUUGGACGAGCAAGCUCCGAAUGUUUUUGUAAAACAAGAAUCGCAAGCUCGAAGGACACCUGAUACGCCACGUGGCACACCGCCUGUUGCAGCUCCUCUUGCCGGUCCUGCGAAGAUCUCUCCAUUGUCCAUUGCAGCGCUCACGGCGCCGCCGCGAAUGGCACCGUCGCCAUCGGCGCAGUGUGAAUCUCCACGGCCAAAACGAGAAACGACACCGGGCGUCUCUCCGCGAAGCUCGCCGAAGGUGCCGCCAGGUUUUGCGCCGCCAUGGGGCUUUUCACCGUUUCUAACACCGCCCACGCCCCCCGGUCAACAACAUCAACGGCACCUUGGUGCUCCCACGCCUGGAUUCCACCCAUUCUUUGGGGCUUUUCCAGGUCCCGGACCUGGUGGUCACCCGUCAGCGCUCUUUGGUGGACUAGGGGCUGUCGGCGGCGGCGGCGGCGGCCCCGCUGCAAUAGCAGGUGCACUGGGAAGUCUUGCUGGGGUCGCUGGUCCAGCUAUGCGAGGAGUUGACCACAUUUCCGAGGAGACAGAAGGCAGUGGUAAUGAGGAGCGAGGACGUGGGGGACCAAGCCCUGAGCCAAAACUUGAGGAUUCCGAGUGCCAUCGCAGUCAAUCUGCUAUUUUCCUUCGCCACUGGAAUCGAGGCGAAUAUAAUUCAUGCGCUCGAACCGAUCUCACGUUCAAGCCUGUGCCGGAAUCAAGAUUAGCGCGUCGCAGAGAAGAACGUGCUAGAAAGGCGCACGAACGUGAAGAGGCCGCUAACAGAGCUCAGCAACGACAGGCGGAACAAGCCGCAGCAGCAGCGGCCAGUUUGUCCCAGGCGAGUCGUGGAGGGCCAUCCCCUGGCGCUUUCCCCGCUGCUGGACGCCAGGGCCGUACAGGACAGAGCGGCCCACUUGGUCCUUCCGGAGCAUCAAGUAAUUUGUACGGAGCGCCCGAUACACCAGCUUUGCGCCAACUCUCAGAGUAUGCUCGUCCACAUGCUGGCCUGCCAGGUAUGAUGUUUGGACCUCCCGGGGCUUCGGCCGGUGCACAACAUCCAGGCUUACGACCUCCGUGCAUACCGGGAAUGCCACCUGGCCUUCCAGGUUCAGGCUUGCCCGGUGUACCCGGACUAGGACCUGGCGCUGCGUUGGCAGAUCCUCAAAUGCUGCAUUAUCAACUCAUGUCGAUGUACGCAGCUCAGGCAGCGCGUGACCUGGAAAUCAAAGAGCAGCAGUUAGCCAAUCAGCAGCGAGCUUUAAAGGAACAACAACACCAACAACAACAGCAACAGCAGCAGCAGCAGCAACAACAACAACAGCAGCAACAACAACAACAACGCGAGAGGGAACAGCGCGAGCAACGGGAGCGGGAGCACCGAGAACGCGCCGAACGUGAGGCGAACGAGCGGGCCGCCGCCGCCGCCGCCGCUGUGGCGCAAGCACAUGCCCAAGCGCAGGCGCAGGCGGUUGCCGCUGCUCAGGCACAGGCCGCGGCGGCCGCCCAAAAUUCACCACUCUUCGAUCCAUGGGCUGUCAGUCAGUUGGCGGAACGGCGAUUCGGCGCUGCAGGUGCUCCACCUCCGUUUGGGCUGUUUCCACCCCCACCACCAUCAGCAGCAGCAGCAGCAGCAGCAGCAGCAGCACCGGCGGGGGCAGGUGUUCCACAGUCGUCGGGUCUGCCAGGCGCGUCAUCUGGGGGUGGUACGCCAGGCGACGGACCCAGUGGGAGCGCUCGUCCGGCUGCGCACGGAGGUUCGGCUUUAGAUUUGGCGGCGUCUGGCGUCGAUCCACUGGCGGCGAUGCGACUUCAAGCCAGCGUGAGUGUGGGUGCAGCCAACGCUGAACUCCAUACGCACGCACACGCUCACACCCACCUGCACCUGCACGAUAGCGCAGGGGGAGCGGUCGCCGCGGGUCAAGCACAACAAAUGCCCCCUGGGGGCCCGGGAACCGCUGGUCCUCACGCGCAACACUCAGCCGCUGCGGCGCACGCUUUGCUCCGACAACACAACGCCUACGGCGAGCAACUAGCACAGCUCGCCGCACAACAGCAACAAGAACAACUACAGAGGCAAUUGUUUAUGGAUCGGCUACAGGCGAUAUCACAGAAUCCGCACAUGCUUGCGCAGGCUCAGGCCCAACACGAAGAGUUGUUGCGUCAACAGGCGCAAGCGGUAGCUGCCCAACAGCAGGCUCAGCAACGUCGGCCGUAACCGGGCCAGCAUUAGGCGACACCAGUCUUAUAAAUACAUAGACCUUUCAUCUCAGAUCUAGCUACUCAAGCAGGUCAAAGAAGUGCGUAAACAGUGUUCUCGUUCGUCUACACUUUUUUGGGCAUCGCGCCAACGGUGAUAAGGGCAGCAGUCGCAUGAACAGAGAGCAUUGGUAAACGACAGGCAGAACGCACAGAAAACGUGAUGGUCUUGCCUGCUGUCAAGAAGCAUGCUAGCUGGAACGGCUUGCCGGCGAGGGAUUACCAUGCACGGAAGCAACGAUACGCCAGACCUGACCGUGUGCGAAGUUAGUGGGUUACAAAUUCCUCGGCUCCUUGCUAGUGAACCGCAGUCGACGAGUAACUUCAGAAAGGAACAGAUUAGCGCUAUCGAUCGAUUGAAUAGUAGUUUUUAUUUUUACGAGGAUCCUUUUUAUUAUUAAAGUUUUUUUGUUGUGUAGAACAUUGAAGAUCUGCGUACGCAUCUUCGGCAUUUUGCUCUUGAGCGUUGACUCAGUUUAAGACAAACGACGUUUUUAUAUUGUAAGCUUGAGACGAUCUCAGCAGUAGAGCUGUUUUGGACUGAACUGAGAUCGAUACCCGAGUUGGUCUUAUCCAUUUCGAGUUCUGUUUUUGAACACAGAACGACACUAGCAUCUCUGGUCCUCUCGCCUUGCUCGACUGGCCCAAUUAUUGUUCUUGUCAUUAAGUACCGCCGUGUCGCCUUGUCCCUGCUGACCCCUAGACGGUCCUUAGGCUGUGCGAACUGGAUGCCUGCAACGCUAACUCUACGGAAUGUUGAACAGCUAGCUACAUUGGAAUAUUAGCAGUUUCAAUGUGUGUGCCAUCGCUGAUUGGUGGUCCUCGAUCCGCUGUUCUUUAUCACGUAACGUUAACUGAUAUAAACUAUAAAAUGCGUUAUCAAGAAGCCACCAAAUCGAUUGCUGCCAUAGACGACGAUGCUAAUUAUACAUCUUUAUAUAACGCUUACUAUUACCGAUGCUAAAAACGUGUAUUGCGGUGAACAAAAUGCCCCAGUUUGAUCAGCUGGUAUAUAUAAAUAUUGUGUACUUAAAAUGUAUUAUAUAUAUACAUAUAUAUAUAUAUACGUAUAUAUACACAUAUAUAUAUACAUACAUAUACAUAUAAGUAACGAUAACAGUGCUGAUGAAGAGCGUUAAGCUGAAGAAAGAAACGUUAAAAAAAGAAAGACCAUUAUUGACAUGAUUAUAAUAUCUCGAUAGUAAUACUGCUAAUUAUGUUGGAUGGUAGUGACAUAUUAUACUGAUAUACUAUACCGUGAAAU